CAGAACCUACUUUCACUGUAUUUUGAUCCUUCUAACAUUAGACUGGAGUGGCUUGGGAAUUCCCCAGGACAACAAUUUUAGCAAGACGCCUUGACUUGAAACAGCUUAAGACGGUGACAUUUAUUUUACUCCUUAAAUAACCUUUUACAAUAUUAACUUUAUCAGUUAGAGUUUAGGUGCAGCGCCCUGCGCUGUUUUCUUAGCCUGGUCCUAGCACUUUAGCUUGCAAGCUAGCCAACUGCUACUGUCAAGCUGCCAGCUUGACAGCACAGCUAACGUUAGCUUGUUACUUUUCAAGAGACAGUUUGUUAUCAGGCUAGCUACUAAAAGUAAAUAUACACCAAUUUUAACCAGCUGUUAUUGCCAUUAUUGCAGAGGAAUCUUUAAAAAAAAAAGUGCAUAGCUAGCUAGCAACGGUAUUCGUAAUGGCUGGUAUUCAGCCCAGGUGCGAUUCUGGAAAGCCGCCUACACGGCCUGAACUUCACUUCGGUCUUGAAAAACACGACGCUCUGUGUACUUCUACACCGGAGGAUUGGUGCGACAGUGGGCUAGAUUGUCUGAGUGGAGCAGCGCUGAGUCUGGAUGACCCCUUCAGCAACGAGGUAUCCCAAACAUGGGUGCCCGGGUCCCCUCCGUACACGACCUCCUACCCAUCACUGGAUGACACUGACAAGCGCCCCAUGGACUGUAGUUCACCGGGGGGUGAAGAGAGGUUGGACUCGGCUAUAGGGGACUCAAUUACAGAUGAGACUAUGGGGAGUAUAUCACAGGGGCUGGGGACCAUGCACCUGAAUGAACCAGUUAUCAGUGACACAGUGGAUGACAGUGGGAGGCAAGCGUCACUGAUCCCAGAGGAGGAAAGACGGAGAAGAGAGAUAUUCAACACACUGAACUUUGUGUCUGAGGAUGGAGACACGGCUCUUCACUUGGCUCUUAUCCACGAGCACUGGGCCUUUGUACAGUACCUUCUGGGGGUGAUAGCACUGGACAGGAGCUGGGUGCCUUACCUGGACAUCCAGAACCACUUGGGACAGACUGCCCUUCACCUGGCUGUCAUAGUGGACCAGUCUCAGUUUGUGCGAGGGCUGCUGUGGGGUGCUGCGAGCGCUGAGCUCCAGGAGAGGGGAGGGAACACACCGCUGCACUUGGCUGUCAGGGAGCUGAGGCAGGACUGUGUACGAGAGAUCACCUCCAACUGCCAGAGCACUGACUACCUGCAUGUCACCAACUACUCAGGGGUGAGUGCACUGCAUUUGGCAGUACAGAGGGGCAAAGAGGACAUAAUCAGCAUGCUGAUUGAUGCAGGAGCCAAUGUUAACCAGAGGGACCUGGGCUCAGGCCGCUCCCCUUUACACUGGGCCGUGGAGUCCCAGAGCCCCAGGCUGGUGCAGCUACUGCUGCAGGGGGGGGCCAAUGUAGACCAGCCCUCCUAUGCAGGCCACACGGCCCUCUACUGCGCCCUGCACAGGCCCAACAAGGAGGUACAGGCCCUGCUCAAGGCUAGAGGGGCCUCUGACACACAGGUCCGGGAUGAAGAGGAUGAGGAAGCAGAGGAGAGGGAGAGUGAAGAUGAAGAGUUUGAUGACGUUGUUAUCAAUGGACAACGAGUGCACUAACCAUGAACAUGGACACUAAGCCACAUGGAGUCAUGGCACUGCUGUUGGGCUAAGCUAUAGAUGUAGAUUGUGUGUGUGGUUCGUGUAUGUAUGUGUGCCUGUAAAUUGUAUAUAUCAAGGCUGCUGGGGAACUCCAGUUCUCAACCCAGUCAGGAAAUAAGUUGUUUGAAUUAGCUGAUCACAGUUGUUCCUGCUUCAAAUUAGUUCCCUUAAAUUGUGCAGAGGGCAAGCUAAUAUUAGUUGGAUCACAUGGGUUUUAAUGUCUGUCUGGAGCUAAGCUUGCCAAGACUAGUGUUGCCUACUCUAAGCAUGGGAGAAUGAUCCAACCAUGGACUCAGCUGUGUGCUGUCAAACUCAAAUCAUGGCCCCGCCCACUAGUGGCCACAUCUCUUGUUCAUGUCCCACCCCACCGUUCGCUCACAUUCAACUCCACUGCUCAGAUGGGCUGCUGAUACCCAUCUUCAGGGUAAUCUAUGGUGCAAAGUCAGAAAAGAUGUCUAAAUACCCAGUAACACAUUGAUACUGCAGUGUGCUGUAAAACAGACCAGUUGGAUUUGAUAUAUAUAUAUUUUUUUCUUUUUAGCUCUAUAAGCUAAAGAAUUGCAGCUCGAUUAAGUUCUCAAAUAACCCAUACUGUAUGUUUUAAAUUCAAGCUAUUGCUAAGGGGCAGAUAUAGCUGGCAAUCCCCCUCUGUUUAAAUAACCACUUGAUCAUGAUUUUCUUGCCUCUGAUGGUGAUCUUUAGCUGCAUGGAUUUAUUUUUCUUUUUUUUCCCAAUGCUAAUCGUGAAAUGAGGCUAUAAGAGAUGUGGGUUUGGGAUUAAAGUAGUUGGAUUAUCUGAGAUGUUUGCAUUAUUAAAGGUUCAGGGUUAAGGGAAGAUGUGAAUGUACAUCAGGUAGAGGUUAAUGCAUGCCAAGGUAAGUAGUUCAUUUGGGAUUGAAAGAGAAAGGAGGGGCAAACUCAACACAUUGGUACUAAAUCAUCUUUGCUUCCAGUUGAAAAAUAAAUUAUAAUUUCACGUAUUCGAGAACCUCUGCAAAUCUACAUGAAUUGGUAUUUGACCUAUCGCAUGGGUGACGUGAUCCAACUAUUUCAGUAAUGGAUCAAUUCCUGAAUAGGAGUGCUCUAACCAGGGCCUGAUUGUCCCUGGAGUGAUGUUGUCAUUUAGUCCAUUUUAUGUACAGUUCACCAAUUAAAGACGGAACUACAAGAAGCAAACACAAGGACCCACCCAGAACAAGGGUUGGAGAUCCCUGGUCUAAAAGAAUCUGGUGUAUAUUCGCUUUGUGCAUUUUGAUUAUUUUGAAGGAUUGACUGUUUAUUUGACAGGCUAGGAUGCCUCUGUGUUUGCUCAUCAGAAGGAGCAUGGUGUCUACAUGAUUAUUGUAAUUACAACUAAAAUAAAUACAGUAUUAAGAGGC